AUGGUUUUCAAUUUAACUUGUAUUGCAAAUUAUUCAAAUUUGGAUGUUCAAAUCAUUAAUGAAGAGAGUAGUAGUGAUAAUGUUACCAUUCCAAAAGUUCCAUUAACCGCUGGCUUUUUGGAUUGUAAUAUCAAAACAAACCAUGCCUUAUGGGUGCCUUAUAAGAGCACUGGUAAAAGAAUGAUUAUUAGAAUUACAUCUGCUGACGGUAAAUCUGGUGUCGAUCAUUUUGUUGUUGACGAUAACUAUAAAAUAGUGUAUGAUGGUAAACCGAUUCUUGGAGCAAAUGGAGGUGAAUUUUUGGUAAAAAUUACUAAAGGAGACAACCCAGCUGAAAUUCAAUGUAGAUUUGCUCUUUUUGCCAGUGGACAAUAUAAAAAUGCUAACAAAACCAAUAUUGAAAAUAUGAGUUUGAUAGAUACUCAAGCUUACUUUGCUUGA